GAACUUUUUCUCAUUAGGCGAACGCGGAGACAGCCAGCCAACCACAGAGAAGGUGGCGGAGGACAGUGGUUCACCGCUUCUCCGGUGACGCCGGAUUCAAGUGGCUAAGCCAAGUGGAUAGCCAGUUUUAGGGAGAGUGAGAGUAGAGAAUGGGUCAGGGACUCAGUUGUGCAGCAACUCAAGAACAUGGGUUCUUCAGUGCAGUCCAGUCUGGUGAUUUGGACGCUGUAAAAACUAUGCUCGAGAGAGACCCAUCUCUUAUUCACCAAACCACUGCUUAUGAUCGCCAAUCUGCACUCCAUAUUGCUGCUGCUAAUGGCCGGAUCGAGAUUUUAUCUAUGAUUUUGGAGCGAUCUGUGGAUCCAGAUGUUGUGAAUCGUCACAAACAGACUCCGCUUAUGCUGGCUGCAAUGCAUGGCAAGAUUGCUUGUUUGAUAAAGCUAAUCGAAGCAGGAGCAAAUAUUUUAAAGUUUGAUUCACUUCAUGAAAGAACUUGCUUGCACUAUGCUGCUUACUACGGCCAUUCUGAUUGCCUUCAAGCUGUUCUCUCUGCUGCUCAAUCUAGCCAUGUUGCUGUGUCUUGGGGAUAUGCACGGUUUGUGAAUAUUAGAGAUGGUAGGGGAGCUGCGCCAUUGCAUUUAGCAGCCCGUCAAAGACGGCCGCAAUGUGUACGCAUCUUGUUAGACAAUGGAGCUCUUGUCUGUGCUUCAACCGGCGGAUAUGGUUGCCCAGGGAGCACUCCUCUUCAUCUGGCAGCCAGGGGAGGAUCUCUUGAUUGCAUCCGCGAAUUGCUGGCAUGGGGUGCUGAUCGUAUUCAAAGAGAUGCGUCCGGGAGAAUACCUUAUCUAGUUGCCCUGAAGCAUAAGCAUGGAGCUUGUGCAGCCCUACUAAAUCCUUCUGCAACCGAGCCUCUUGUCUGGCCAUCACCUUUAAAGUUCAUUAGUGAGCUUAAUCAGGAGGCUAAAGCUCUGCUAGAACGCGCCUUAAUGGACGCAAACAAGGAGAGGGAGAAGAACAUCUUGAAGGGAACUGCUUAUUCACUUCCAUCUCCAUCACAUUCCGAUUCUGGGGCAGAUGACAAUAUAUCUGAGGCGAGCGAUACAGAGGUCUGCUGCAUAUGUUUCGAGCAAGUUUGCACAAUUGAAGUGCAAGACUGUGGUCACCAGAUGUGUGCACAAUGCACACUAGCACUAUGCUGCCACAACAAACCAAACCCAACAACCGCAUGCUUAAACCCUCCAGUUUGCCCGUUUUGUCGAAGCUCCAUUGUCCGCCUAGUGGUUGCUAAAGUCAAGGACAGUGAGGAUGCGGAUCUGGACAUUGGAGACAUUGGUUCGCCAAAGAUGAGAAAGGCAAGGAAGUCACGAAACUUCAGUAGCGAGGAAAGUAGCAGCUUCAAGGGCUUGUCAGGGAUGAGUCCGUUUGGAAAAAUGGGCGGCCGAGGCUCAGGAAGAAUCGCUGCAGAAAACGAACGGGUCGAUAAACCUUGAUACUUUAUAGCAUUUGGCAAUCAAAGAUUCCAAGUAGCAAUCAAGGAUUCCUCUACUUGUGCUCCAAAGAAGUGCAAAAACAUCAAAGGAAUCCACGUCGGUGCCGAUCCAGUUAGUAUAUAUACAUAUAACUAUAUAGGAGAGGUUCAUUUCCUUUAGUAGAUUUGAGGAAUAAGUUGCAGGAUUGGGUUGGUAAGCUUGGUACUAGAGUUGCUGUGGGUUAUAUUGUUGUAAUCUUUUAUUCACUUGAGAUUGAAGGAGCAUUUGUUAUUAUUUUUA